AUGACUAAGAAAAGGAGGAACAACGGGCGUUCAAAGAAAGGACGUGGUCAUGUCCAAUUUAUCCGUUGCAGCAACUGCGGCAGAUGUUGCCCUAAAGACAAAUGUAUUCCAAAGUUUGUCAUAAGGAAUAUUGCUGAAGCCGCAGCUGUCAAAGAUCUCAUGGAGGCCUCGUUCUAUACGGGAUACAAUUUGCCAAAGCUGUACGUCAAGUUACAGUAUUGUGUAAGCUGCGCAAUCCAUGGAAAGAUACUAAGAGGCCGCUCAAAGGCUGACCGAAAGAUUCGCAAGCCUCCUCAGCGACGGAUUGAAUUCAACAGAAAUGAUAACCGAAAUUGA